UAAUGAUUUUCAAUUCUGAAAUAUCAGCUCAAUAAUAACAUACAACAUCACCUGUAGUAACUGGAGGAAGUGUAAUAGCAUUAGUUUAUAAUGGUGGAGUAGUAAUUGGAACAGAUACACUUUGUAGUUAUGGGAGUAUGGCAGAAUUCAAGUACAAAUGCAUAACUUACAUAUAGAAAUGUAGAAAAGAUUGCUCAGGUUUCUAAAAACACAAUUUAUGUAUCAAGCGGUGAAUUUUCAGAUUUCUAAUAAGUAGUGAAGGAAUUAGCAAAAAUUGAUAGAUAAGCUUUAUAAUAUGAUGAUGGAGUUCAUCCAUCACCUAGAGAUUAUGGAAAUUACUUAGCGAGAUUGUCAUAUAAAAAGAGAUGUAAAAUUAAUCCAUUAUAUUUACAAAAUGUUAUAGCUGUAAGGAUAUUCCACCUUAUUUUAGGGAUUUCAUAAUGGAGAAAGAUAUUUAGCACUUGUAGAUAUUUAUGGUACAUACUUGGAAUCAAAUUUUGUGACCACUGGUUUUGCAAGCUAUUUCUGUAAAGCAAUAAUCAGUAAUUAUUGGAAUGAAAAUUGCACUCUUGAAUAAGCAAAAUAAGUGAUUAAAGAAUGUUUUAAAGUAUAAUUCAAAAUAAUAAUUAUAGGUUUUAUUCUGUAGAGAUUGCAGAGCUCAUGAUGUGAUUUAAAUAGCUUAUGUUGAUGAAUAAGGAACACAUAUUGAAUAGCCAGAGAGAGUGGAAACUAAAUGGGAUUUCAAUGGUUUCAAGACUAGGGCAAAUGAGAAAUUACACACAUAAUGAAC